GUGUGUGUCUUCAUAACAGGCACCACACGUACGCGGUGGAGUAUUUCUGCGUAACGCGAUUGGAUACAUCUCGCAUUUCUUCAUUUUAACAGGCAGCAGCGUUCAUUGUCGCAGCUACAGAACGUUGAUCAAGCUGUUAGGACCAAUUCUAAUUGGGGGUGCUGUGAUUCACGUAGAACUUGCUAUAAGGAGUUGUCUUCCGCGUGCCAUGGCGGAUCAGCUGCGCUCCUUCCGCCGUUACAGCCGCAUCUUCCCCUCCGUGCCGUAUGGCCGGCACGCCGCGCGUGUGGGAUGCUCGGUUGUAGCGGAUGCAAAGUCGGCCGUCAACUCGUCGUCGUCGAAAUACCACGCCAACGGCAGCUCCGUCAAAAUUCUAGCUCUGCUGUGCUCCAAACAGCCCCAGCCCAUGAACACGGAGGCGUCGGUGCCGAACACUGCCACGCCUCCUCGCAAGCGAGUACGCCACGACUCUGUCGAGGAUGCCAACGCUGAAAAAGUACCGAGAAACGAAUCGGCAUUAUCGAGCGCAAUAGGCUCUGUCGCGUCAGGAGGUGGUGCAAGCACCUCGAGUGAGCUCCUCUCCGUAUCGGCCGUGGAGGAGCGCCACCGUACGCAGGAAAGCAACGACGCAGCACCAGAGCCGGCAACCACGUCUGCAGUGAACACGGAGGCUUCAGGGCCGUCGGCGAAGUCGCAUGUGUACGUGCGGGUGCAGUACGAUCGCGCGCUCAUCGCCACCCUGCCCAUUGAGGUGAUGCGACAACAACACCCGCAGGUGCUCAUCGACUACCUCUUAUCGAUGUCUGUGUGGGCGUAG